UCACGACCCCAAACCACAAGUCCACUAUAAAAAGGCAGCCGCAUUGCAUUCUCUCAUUUGUACCUGAUCGAUAGAGUCAACUCAACUCCUCUCUCUCUCUCUGAUAUAUACUUUCUCCCGAUCACAGUAUCGUUAUGCCUAGUCCGGUCAGCCAAUUGGUGGCCAUGGGAUCGUUCAAGGCCAAGAACAAGGUGGUGCUGGUAAUGGGCGCCACCGGCACUGGCAAGUCCCGCCUCGCCAUCGACCUCGCCAUCUAUUUCGGCGGCGAGAUCGUGAACUCCGACAAAAUGCAAGUCUACGAUGCCCUGGACGUGGUCACCAACAAGGUCACGCCUGAGGAAGCGGCCGGGGUCCCUCACCACCUCCUCGGCUGCUUGGCGCCCGAUGCGGACUUCACAGCGGCGGAAUUCCGCCGCACGGCGACGCGGGCGGUGGCGUCGGUGGCCCGGCGCGGCCGGCUGCCGAUUGUGGCGGGCGGGUCGAACUCGUACAUCGAGGAGUUGGUGGACGGGGGCGGGGGGGAGUUCCGGCGGCGGAACGCUUGCUGCCUCCUGUGGGUGGACGUGCAGAUGUCGGUGCUGCACCGGUUCGUGGCGGACCGGGUGGACCGGAUGGUGGAACGGGGGAUGGUGGAGGAGGUUCGGCGGCUGUGGGACCCCCAGAUAGCGGCCGCGGACUACACGCGCGGGGUGCGGCGCGCCAUCGGGGUGCCCGAGCUGGACAGGUACCUCCGGGCCGAGGCGGCGGGUGCGGACCAGGCGGAGAAGGCGCGGCUUCUGGAGGCGGCCGUCGACGAGAUCAAGGCCAACAACUGCAAGCUGACGUGCUGCCAGCUGGAGAAGAUCCGCCGCCUCGCCUCCCUGUCGGGCUGGAACCUAGUCAGGGUGGACGCCACCGAGGUGUUUCGGAAGAAGGGGGCGGAGGCCGAUUCCGCGUGGGCGGCGCAGGUGGUGAGUCCCAGCAUCCAGAUCGUCUCGAAAUUCUUGGAGGCGGAGGCCGACGCCGCGUGGUCGUCGCAGGUGGUGAGUCCCAGGAUCGAGAUCGUCUCAAAAUUCUUGGAGGUGGAUGCGGAGGCGGUACAAGACGAGUCCGCUUCGGAUCUGGCCGCGCCGGAGGAGGUUGCCGCCUAUAUGGGUGAGACGGCGGUGGCGGCGAUGAUCAACGGUCGCGUUGACUUGGUCAAGGUGCCUUCGUCCGUAGUGCAGGUAGUGGGGGCCAUAUAAUAAGAUAGCAAAUAAAAUAAAUAAUAAUUAAGGGAGACAAAUAAUGCAUUAGUGGUGAUUAAUUAUGGAGGAAGAGUUGAGUUCAAGAAGAAAAACUUAUUGUUGUUAUUGGCGGGACAAUUAUUAUACAUUAAUUUAUGAAAUAG